AUGAGUGUCGAUACUGCUCAGAGACGAAAGCAAGUACUCGAUGAUUUCAUCAAGAAAACGAGGAAAAUGGCCGAGAUCUUUGAUCCGAAUGGCUGCGCAAUUUGCGUUUUCGUCGGUGAAACACAAACGCCAUCAUUCAAAUGCGAUCGCUGUCCCGGAGGGAUCAAGUUCUACUGCGCCAAGCAUGUAAAACGAAUCGCAGAACACAAUAAGAGCAAUAAGAACUAUCACGAGGUUGAAUCGAUCUUUCCGAGCUCAAAUUUGAGAAGUAGAAAGCAAUUUGAUGAUAUAAUCGACAAAAAUAUUGAUGACGUACAGCUGCUGUCGGAUUGCAUGGUCGAAGAGUUAAACAUCCAGAAGGCAAAGAUGAUCAAGGCCGUCAAAGAUCGGGCAAAGAGAUGCGCGAAGAGUUCGCGAGGCAAAUGA